CCGGUCGCCCGUCCCCGCUGAGGCUCCCCACUCCGCCUUGCCAGCCAGACCCGACCAGGUGCUUUUGGAAAAAAAGAAAAAGAGCCAACCAUUUUGAUGUGAGAAAGGACAUGAGGAGACUAAAGGCCUGGGAUUUUACUGAUCAGAAUGAAACCAAUGCUGAAAGACUUUUCAAAUCUCUUGCUGGUGGUGCUCUGUGACUAUGUCCUCGGAGAAGCUGACUACCUCGUCUUGACAGAGCCAGUCCAUGUUGCCCUGAGUGACCGAACAGUGUCAGUGGGAUUUCACUAUCUUGGUGACGUUGGCGGGACACCGAGGAACGUGUCUGUCAUGUUGUGGGAAGCCGGUACCAAUCGGACUCUUACCACUAAGUACCUCCUGACCAACCAGUCCCAGGGAACACUCCAGUUUGAAUGCUUCUACUUCAAGGAGGCUGGUGACUACUGGUUUGUCAUGAUCCCAGAAGCGACAAACAAUAGCACGCAAGUUCCCCGCUGGGACAGAAGUGCUUUUCUGAAGGUGGAGUGGCCCGUCUUUCACAUCGAUUUGAACAGGACAGCCGAGGCAGGAGAAGGCACCUUCCAGGUGGGCCUUUUUACCACACAGCCGCUCUGCCUGUUUCCUGCGGACAAGCCGGACAUGCUGGUGGAUGUUAUUUUCACCGACCGUCUUCCUGAGGCGAAGACGAGUUUGGAACAGCCGAUGGAGAUCAGAGCCAGCAAAAGGACAAAACUCACUCCUGCCCAGUGGGUUGAGUUUGGCUGUGCACCCAUCGGGGUGGAAGCCUAUGUCACGGUGGUGCUGAAGCUGCUGGGCCAAGAUGCGGUCGUUGCUUCCACGGGACCAAUUGACCUGGCCCAAAAAUUCGGAUACAAAUUGAUGAUGGCGCCGGAAGUCAUGUGUGAGUCUGUGGUGGAGGUGAUGGUACUGCCACCUCCUUGUGUCUUUGUCCAGGGAGUGCUUGCCGUUUACAAAGAAGCCCCCAGACGCCCGGAGGAGAGGACUUUGCAGCUGGCUGAGAACAGCCUGCCCCUGGGAGAGAGGAGAACAGUAUUUAACUGCACCUUGUUUGAUGUGGGGAAGAACAAAUACUGCUUUAACUUUGGAAUUUUGAGGAAAGGCCGUUUUUCUGCAACGGAGUGCAUGCUAAUUCAGAGAAAUAUAGAAACUUGGGGACCAUGGCAGCCGUGGAGUCCGUGUAGUACCACGUGCGGGGAUGCUGUCCGAGGGCGCCGCCGUGCGUGUCUCUCUCCUUUCCCCUCCAGACCCAGCUGCUCUGGAAUGUCCUCUGAGACCUCUCCAUGUUCCCUGGAGGAGUGCGCUGUUUUCCGGCCGCCAGGCCCGUCGCCUAGUCCACCCCCGGAUCCGGUGAAGUCCAACAACGUGGUGACCGUCACAGGGAUAUCCCUCUGCUUGUUUAUCAUCCUCACCACGGUGCUCAUCACCCUGUGGAGGAGGUUCGGCCGGGCCCCCAAGUGCAGCACCCCUGCUCGACACAACUCCAUCCAUUCUCCUGGCUUCCGGAAGAACUCGGACGAGGAGAACAUCUGCGAGCUCAGUGAGCCCCGGGGAAGCUUCUCGGACGCGGGUGACGGACCCAGAGGAAGCCCCGGGGACACGGGCAUCCCGUUGACUUACAGGUGCAGCGCCCCAGCGCCUCCUGAGGACGAGGCCUCGGGCAGCGAGAGCUUCCAGUCCAACGCGCAGAAGAUCAUCCCGCCCCUGUUUAGCUACCGCCUCGCCCAGCAGCAGUUGAAGGAGAUGAAGAAGAAAGGGCUGACGGAGACCACCAAAGUGUACCACGUGUCUCAGAAUCCCCUGACAGACACCGUGGUGGAUGCCGCUGCCAGCCCUCCCUUAGACCUGGAGUGCCCCGAAGAGGCGGCGGCGGCAGCAGCAGCAGCAGCAGCGAGCAAAUUCCGAAUCAAGUCUCCGUUUCUGGACCAGCCUGCGGCGGGUGCCGGGGAAAGGCCCCCCUCCAGGCUGGACCUCGUCCCGCCUCCGCCCAGCUGCGCGGUCAGUCCCAGCCAGACCCUGCUCCGCAAGUCGCAGAUGAGGUCGGCUGCGGGGAGGGACGGCUCGUCUGAGCGGUGCCACUCCAGAAGUGCCCUCUUCAGGAGGACUGCCAGUUUUCACGAGACCAAGCAGUCCCGCCCUUUCCGGGAGAGGAGCCUGUCAGCCCUGACGCCCCGCCAGGCCCCCGCCUACAGUUGCAGGAUGCGAACCUGGGACCAGACGGAGGACAGGUGCAGGCCUCCCAGCCGAAGUGCCCACCUGCUUCCGGAGAGACCAGAACCCUUCCCAGGGGCGGCGCGGGCCAGCAGUCCUUUGGGCCCCGUCUCUAAAUCCUACACCGUGGGGCAUCCUAGGAGGAAGCCGGAGCCCGGGGGUCGCCAGGCAGGAUUGGUGGCCGGGGCUGAGAAAAUGGAACCCCACCGCGCCCACAGGGGGCCGUCCCCGGCUCACAGGAGCGGUUCACGCAAGCAGUCUUCCCCCGUUUUCCUCAAAGACAGCUACCAGAAGGUCAGUCAGCUCAGCCCUUCUCACUGCAGAAAGGACAAAUGCCAGAGCUUCCCGGUCCACCCAGAGUUCGCCUUCUACGACAACAGCUCCUUCCGCCUCACUGAAGCUGAGCAGAGGAUGCUGGACCUCCCGGGCUACUUCGGCUCCAACGAAGAGGACGAAACCACAAGUACACUUAGCGUGGAGAAGUUAGUGAUCUAGGCUGAGAAGCGGCAGGGCUUGUCCAGGGGCCCUUACCCAGCCGGCAAGAGCCACUGCUCACACAUUUUUCUGAAAACUGUAUUGUGUAGCUGUGGGAAUUAGUUCACUCAGAGGAUGCGUGUGUAUGCACGUGUUUUUAAUUAGUUAGGAAGAAGUUAUUUAUCCUGAACUUGUCUUUUUUGUUAUCCCUGUUCUAUUGGCAUAUUACUACUAAUAAAAUUUAAAUAAGGCAAAUGCGCGUUUUGAACACUGCACUUAGGAAUCUGGGGGGUUUUUCCCCAAAGGGGAGGAGCCUCCGGCUGCUUGAUGUGUGUGCAGAACUACCUGCCUUCUUGUGAAGUAACAACUAAACGUAAGAGCCU